CUGAGGAAAAGCCCAUUAGUAAAACAAAGUCCAAAAGGUUUUAUCAGUCUCUAGUUCUACGGUCGGAAGAAUCGUCGGAAAAGUGUCGCCCAGGAAACUAACAACGGGAAGGUGCCAUGAUCAGCGUCUUUGUCCAGGAGCGUCUGCUUGGCGCUGCAUUAGGAAGUAUUGUGACCGGACUUGUUGUCUUUGAACAACGAAGGGAUAUCUACAAAUCUAUUAUGGAGACUCAAUCUCAGUUUGCUCCUGAAACUCAGGUUAACCAACCUGCUGUCAAAAAGAGAUCCGAAUUGCACCUUGCACAUAUGUGGAACAAGUCCAUUGAUCAAACAUUUGGAGCCUUGAUAGAAUUCACAAGCUCGAGAGGAUGGUAGAAACGAUAAGCCUGUCCACAAUUGUUCUCCUUUGGCAAGUUGUAGCCAAAUUGGUUGUUACUUUUCAUGCCUUGUGUUUUUAGUUUCCAUCGGAGAUUCUUGAAUGUCACCUCCAUAAAGUUUGUAAAAUUGAUGCAUAACCCAUUAAAAUAAUUACACUUGUCUGAAUGGGAUAGAGUCAUUUCCAGCCAGGUAUUUUGCUUUACUCAAUUUGGAAACACUUAUAUAAUUCUUGUUUUUGCAUCCUGA